ACACAACGGCACACAAUCAAGAACCCACACGUCUCACUAGAAUUUGCGACUGAUCCACUGCAAAUUAAGCUAGCGGCCCGUAUGGCGACAACCAAGAGGGCAGUAGUAGCCUUUGUCCUUGUGUUCUACAUGGCUAUGGCCUCCAUGGCUCAGAACACGGCGCAAGAGCAGGAGUUCCUUUCCCUCCACAACGACGCCCGCCGUGAGGUGGGUGUUGAAGAUGUGGUCUGGGAUGAGAGCGUUGCAGCGUUCGCACGGGCCUACGCGGCAAGACGCGCCGGUGACUGCAGCCUUCAGCACUCGGACCAGGCUGAGCGUGACAAGUUUGGCUACGGUGAAAAUAUUGCCGUGGGCUCCCCUGGCAGCGACAUGACGGUGGCUGCAGCCGUGCAAAUGUGGGUGAAUGAAAAGCAAGACUAUGACAGUGCUACUGGUACGUGCAUGAAAGGGCGCCCGGAGGAGCUGAUGUGCGGGCACUACACGCAGGUGGUUUGGCGCAACACCAAGGCCAUCGGCUGCGCGCGUGUCAAGUGUGACAACGGUGGUAUCUUCAUCACCUGCAACUAUACACCGGCGGGCAAUAUUCCUGGACAACGUCCAUUCUAGUCGCACCGGUGACAAACUAUUGUGACGAUACCCUGAUGUAAUGUGUGUUUGCUUAUGGAUGCUCAAAGCCUGCAUAUACCAAUGCAGUCUGGAUGUAAGAUAAAUAUGUUGUGCAUCUUAUGGUCAUAAUAAAUAAAUGGGUAUUCAGAACUACAGCAUAAA